GUCCUUGCCAAACGGCGAAAAUGCGCAACGCGCAACGAGACAGGGGUGGCGGCCCCCUACAAAAGCGGCGUUCCGUCGCGCACCGCCACAUAGAGUUGGCGUCUACUCGGCGUGUGGUGUGUGUGUGCGGCUCCGCGUGCCAUGCAUUGGAUAUCUUCCCCGCCCGUUUGGAAUUAACACAACGUCGUCGUCAUCGCCCACUGGGAUUUUUACGGAUACGGAGUCGCUGCUAGGCAGUCGCCGGGACCUCCGGCGAGCCGUUUCCGUGGAUGAUCAUCGGAGAGCAGUAGACGCGGCCUCGACUAUGAUUCUGUCCACGUCCGUGUUGUCGCAUUCGGAACCGAAGCGAUUCGCCACCAGAGUGAUGGACAUUGGACCGUUUCUGGGUGACAAGGGGGGCGCCCCGAUGUCUCGUAGUGCCCUGGAGGAAGCCGAGCAGAUGUGCUCCAUGUUCUUGAACGACUACGCCGGGCCCACCUCGCCCGGCCUCGAGCUGGGCGAUCUCGUGGGGGAUUUCCGGAUGGACUCCCCGACCAAGGAUUUCUGGAAGCUCCUGCCCACACCGCCGCGGUCGCCCGAUCGCUCGGACUCCUCUUCGAUCGCGGGCAUCGGCGACCUCUGCGACACAAAAGCGAUCAUGGGUGUCGUUAGCGAUGAUGUCGAUGACGUCUGUAACAGCGUCGUCAGCAGCGGCGGCGGAGCAAUCGCCGAGGUGUGGAAUGAUUUCCAGAUGGAGGAUUGGAACCACGACGUGGCCAUUCCCCCGGUCGCUCCGUCUUUCGAAGACCAGGAGGCCCUCUGUUCUAUUCUGUUCGAGCACGACGACUUCAUCGACCAGCUGCUCAAGGACGACUCGGUGCUGAACUCGGUCCUCAGCGGCGGCGGUUCGGACGACGACGUGGUCGAGGAGGACGAGGACGUCGUCGGCGCGAUCGUCUCGCCUCACGCCCCCGCCGUCGUGGACUGGCUGUCUCCGGUCUCGCCGACGCAGUCCGGCGUUCAGAGCGAGCUGCUUCACGACUGCAUGUGGUCGGGACAGUGCACGGACGACUGCAAGCAGAAGGCCGCCCGGGAGAAGCGGUCCGCCGCGGCCCUGGCGUCUCCGUACGACCUGGUCGUCUCGCCGGCGUCGGCGAUGUCCGCGGGGUCGCCCGACGACGUGCUGGACAUGCGGAUUCCAUCUUCCCCUUCGCCGACGUCCAGCAGAAGAAUCGCGGCGGCUGCCCCUACUACCGCGACGACGUCUGCUUCUCGGGUGGCAGCGGUGGCUGACGACACGCUGACCAGUCAGUGCGUCGACCCCAGUUCGGUGCUCAGCUACACGCCCCUGAGCGACCACUCGUACCACCAGGCGACGUCUUCGGCGCCUCCCACUCCUCCGGACUCCCCGAAGGCCGUCUCGCAGCAGUCGUCGUCGGCGGCGACCGCUAGAGGAUCGGCGUCGGUCGGACAGCUCACCCUCUACCGUUCCCAGAACGGCCACUGGCAGCGCGGCGCGGUGGUGUUGUCGGAUACGCCGUCUGAGUCCGAUGACGACGACGAUGAUGAUGAUGACGACGAUGAUGAUGACGAGGAGCAGCAGUCUGCCGACCAGCAGCAAGACGAGGAGGAUGAUGAUGACGACGACGAUGAUGAUGAUGAUGACGAUGAUGACGACGAUGACGAAGAGGAGAUCGACGUCGUCACCGUCUCCGGCGAGCGCCAGCGGCACGGCGGCGCGCCCGCUGUCGUCGCGCUGCCGGCCAACGGAACCGCCGGAGGCGCGAUCCGUUGCGCCACCGUCCGUCAACCUCGGCCCCCGGCCACCGCUGUCAUGUCCCGCAUCACGUCCAGCGGCCGGGUGGUCACUCCCUCGCACAAGGCUCUGAGCAAUGGCCAGGCGCCCGGGAGGCGACGUCGCGGCGGCCUGGCCCCCGGUUCGCCCAACGUCGCCGCCGCUACUAUGGGCGGCAAGCGCAAGCGUUCGCGGCAGUACCAGCAAGUCUCCCAGCAGCAUCACGCGUCCCUGAUGGUCCAGUCCAAGCGCGCCAGGCGCGAUGACGACGGCUGCGGGCCGGCGGGCGCGUGCUCGCCGUCGGCGGGUCGUCGCGGCCAGCACGUGCUGUCCCAGCUUCCGCCCAGCGCCAAGCGCAACGAGCACAACACCAUGGAGCGCAAGCGGCGCGACGACCUGCGCGUCGCCUUCCAGGACCUGCGGGUGCAGGUGCCCGCCCUGGUUGAGAACACGAAAGCGGCGAAGGUCACCAUUCUGAACGAGGCCGCCGCGUACGCGCUAAAGCUCACCUACGACGCGUGCCACCAGGAGAAAGUGUACAAGCAGGAGCAGCAGCGCCACCACAUGCUCCGACGCAGGCUGGCACAGCUGCAACAGCAACAUCAGCAGCAGCAACGGAUACGCCAGUGCAGGCGUUAAGGACGCAACACGGCAGACAUAUGGAGGCGGCUGGGUGGCAUCACGGCAAGCCUCGGUGCUACUUGGUGUGUGCUGCCCCACUGACUCCUCCACGUUUGUCACUGUGUUGGCGCCAGGGUUGAAUGUCACCUUUGCAAAACUUUCCUUGCCACUAGUGGACUGCCCUGCCAGUGGGAGCUUGCCUGCAUCAGUGCCACAAUGGCAAUGACCAGAGCCCACCUCCCUUGCCACCUGCCAUGGACUGACAACUGAACUUUGUGGAUCUGUAUACCACCCCCUAUAUUGGCAUAUUUGAUGCUUCAGCCUGCUGUGUUGCAUGCUUGAACUGCCAAUAUCAAACAUUGAUGCGUUCUGGCUGUUCAGUGUGACAGCUGUCCAUGCGUGCUAGCCAACUGUAAUUUAACAUAUGUUGAAAUUACUUCAUAGCACGCUGUGCAGUUCUUUGUAGCUCAGGUCACUGUGCAUCAACAUAGAAAUGCUUCUUUGAAGUUGGGCUGUAGAAACCAGCUAGUGGCUUUUAAAAAUAUAUACAGAGGGAGAAGUGGGCUCUUGAGCACCAUACUUGCCUUUUUAAUAUUCCCUUGCUAGGUAUUGGCUGCGUGUUGACUGUGAUCUUAAGUUGUUUCUUUUGCUUUUUUUUAUGUAGGAGAGAUGGUUCGGAAAGAAUUAGUUAGUAGUUGACAGGUUACAAUUAUUCCUGUAGCUCAGAAACUGCUUGUAUUUCGAGAUGUGUGUGUAGUGUUUCUUUGGUGCAAAAAAAAAGGGGGGGGGGGAUCCAGCCAAUACUUGAAUUUCAGGAAACCUGAACAAGGGAAGAAAAGAAGCAGGUUUGGUGCCUCUUUGUUGGAACAGCUAGUCUUCAUGUGGUGCAUGUUUGUGGUGUUUGUGUGUUGUAUAUGCUGUGUGUUAUUUUAAGUUUAGCUUCUUUCUGCUCUGCACACAGCCAGCUAGGUGUUUGGCAGGGAGAAAUAGGUCUAUAGAGCUGCUGCUACAGAGUUGAGCACAUAAUUUUAGAUAUAGAUGUUCAUCUAUAUAUAUAUAUACAUAUAUUACUACCUAUCAUUGUGGGGCCUUCUUACCGGGAAUUAUAUCAUUAUGGCUUGUCUUUUAGUUUUGGAAACUUGUGCCUGUUGGUGUGCUUGUAUAGUGUGCUUUCACAGUAAUUUCACCAUAUGAAGGCUUGUUUCAGCAUUUCUCUUCACCUUUCUCUCACUGCUGCCACCUCUCAUCCACUUCAUGUCAUGUCGCAUGGUGCUAAUUAGUUUGACAGCCAGGCUUUCAUUAACAAGUAGCACCUGAGUGCAAGUCUUUAUGCUGGGGCAGCUGUAGGCACUGUUCAAUUAUCAAGUCAGUCAAAUUAGGAAUGCAAGCUUUAGGGGCGUGGAGUCUACUUGUGCAAUUGAUUCGUAGGCUCUUGCCAGACUCGUGGCUAUUGUGGCUAUUUCUUGAGCUACGCACAGUGUGCAGCAGCUAAAUCUAGAACCUCUUUCAACUAUAUGAGGAGCAAGCCUUGGCUAUUAUAUUGCAGCCAUGCUGCCUCAGAUUGCUAGCUAGUGCACUUAGAUCGCUCUUGCCACCAGUACUGCCCCUGGCACGCUACUGCCUGCUGCAUUGCUUCUGCAAAAGUGAUCAGCCCAUACACAUGCUGUCUGCUCUUGAUUCGUUGUUCGAAAUUUCUUUGAGGUGUUGCUGUUUUUCGCUACAUGCACCAAACAAUUGUGGACAGGGGGCACUUAAAAGGGAAUGACACUGUGUUUUCUGCCUAUGUUCCGGGCACACAGUUAAAGGAGACCACGGCUAUAUAUGCUGAUGUUAACUGCACUGCAAGCUUUAUCAAGCGAGGCAAUGGUACUACGAUCCCUCGCUCCAAAAGCCACUCAAAGUUCAGUUAGUGUUACCUAAUGAGGAUGCUAGACUGAUUUCUCUAUGCAAGCAAGUUGUAGGUCUAUCAUAUUUUCAUGUUCAGUAGGAGCAUAUCCUCAGCCUAGAAUGUUCGAUUGGAUACUUUGGCAUGAUGCAAUGUUUCAUCUUGAGUGGAUAUUAUUCUUUCAUGUCAUUCAUUUCAUUUGGCUAAGUGCUUUGGCUGCGCUUCUGUUUGUAUCUACCGUCAACUUCCUUCAAUGUGUGCAACAAUUUUUGGGCAUUAUUAGCUGUUUUGCCUUGUGAAAUAUACUUUCGUAGUCGUUGUAGUGUGUUGUAUUUCACAUCACUUCCUCAUCUUCACUUCUGUUUCAGCUGUCCCGUAAACCUAGGGUAGAGUUAGAGCUGGCCACCAGCGCCUUCUCGUUAUUUGCCUGGUGGCCUGGUCAUGGGUUUGACUCCUUUGCAAGUGCUUGCCUUCUGCGGUGCUAAAUCUGCAGUGUCCCUGAGCACUGUGUGACCUGCCCAAUUUGCAGUUAUGUAGAGGUCAAAAUUCAUUUGUGGAGUGUCUGCCCAUCAAAAACUCUGAACAGCAAACAAAUCUGAACAGAGUCGGAGAGGGACCCUGCGUGGUCAUGCCAUGAAUCUAAGCAUUGCUUCGUUCGCUGGGUCUUUGGACCCUUGUGUUCUCCAUUACCCUUGAUUAAGGCUCUGGACAAACAUUUUUACAUUUCUGCCAUUUCAUAUUUUGAUUUUAGCGUUCACCUCAUUUUCGGCACUUGGUUGAAAAGUGCCAAAUUGUUCUGUCUAUUUAUGCUCGUGCAGUAAUCGGCUAUGGACGAUUCCAUGCUGUUUUGCGGGUUUUUGCUUGUUAUGUGUGUGUGUGCAUCAAUAUCUCCACAUGUAUUUCUGCAGUCUGUUUAUCCUCCCCUGUUGCCAUGUUGCUCACCUGCAUUUAUACUACUCUUGCUGCAGAAUGCAAUUUUCUGGUUCUAAUUUUACUUCGUGGCUGCCUCAUGCAUCAAUUUUUUUUUUCGUAGCAUUAACUGAGACUUGCCCUCAAAGUCUAGCAGCAAAUACUUUGCUGUUCAUUGUAGUCUUUGUGUAAAGCUCUAUGCUGAAUUGGUAUUUUCUUUGUUAUUUUCCUUACCAGUCCUUGGUGCUUUUUUUACUGUUGCUAUUUCUGAAAUCUGGCCUAGUAGCUUUGUGGCCCUUCCCUUUUAAUUAUAAUGCCUUGUUUUGCACCUGUGCACCAGGACCUACGGUAACACUAGCUAAUACUGAAGGGCAUAAAAUUUGUUUUAUUCUUGCAUUUAGCUAGGUCGUGAGUGCACCUUUCAGUCUUGGCACUCUGGCUACAUGGGGAGGUUGUUUUACUUUCCGUGCCUUUUUUUUCUUUUUGAAAUGCAUUAUAAAGUUCCUACACAUUGAUAUAGGUAGCAAUUAUUACUGAUUUGUAUUUGCAGUGGGUUUGUCAAUUACAUGCCGCCAAGUGUUUACAGGGGUAUUGCCUGUAGUGACUUUCUGUAUCCUUUCCUGGUGUGAUGACUAGGAAUGGUUCUUUUGUUGCACAUGCUUCAUUAUUGUACUAGCCACUUGUUUAACUUUGCCCUGCCAAGUUAUUGUACCUUAGGAUCACUGGCUUUUUUAUGAUAACCACGACACGAGGCUUCUUUAGCACAGUCUUAUUUCCUUCGAAUGAUAUUGUGAUACCGCGGAGUCGCCGAAGGAUUCCUUUUGUCAUGUCAUGUCAUAUCAUUGUGUGUGUGUGUGUGUGUGUGUGUGUGUGUGUGUGUGUGUGUGUGUGUGUGUGUGUGUGUGUGCUAGUUGCCAGAUUGCCAUUUUUGUAUGUGGUCUUGUGAUGGCUGGGAGUUUAUGCUAGCUAAUGCAAAACAUUCAAUUGUGCACCAUCAUGGGUUGCUCAAAGUGGAGUGCUGCAGUCAGGCGUGAAAACUCAAUGCCACAUGUUGAGGUUUGGAUCUGGGGGCUCUGUGGCUUCCCAUGGGUGUCUAUGGAAGAAGGUGGCUUGCUGUUCUUUGAAACCUGACCAAAGCACUUCACUUUGGCCUUUUGCCUAUAUCAUAAUGCAAGCCCUCUCCUUACAUGAAAGUGCAGAGACUUAAGCGCUGUAGCACUAGCUUCAAAUUGUUUUGUGAUGUAACCCUACCUUGGCCAUAAGUAGCGUCAUGUGUGCACGUUUUGUUUUUUUAAAUGGAAGCAUUCAGAACAUUUUUUAAUGCUGUAGGCAAGCUGUCAUAGCACUUUUAAUGGAGUUCUGUCAUGUGAAGAAGUUCCUUCAAUGCAAAUGAAAAUAUUUUCUCGCACAACAUGGUUCCCCAAACGAGGAUGCAGAAAAUGCUAGGGUUUCACUGUGCUGUAUUGUUCACAUCGUGCUGUUUCGCUCAUAGGACUGUCUUUUAAAUGCAAAUUGUUACUACUCAUAUUUUGAUUUUAAUAUUGUGCUCGUGUAAGGGUUUUAUUUUUAAUUUUGUAAAGGCUGCACUCUUGCAGUGUGGACAGCCCGGAAUUUUUCUCUAAAACUGUCACUUGUAUCACAGCUCUAAUGAAUACCUUUCUCAUUGCCUGUAAUCCUAUACUGCCGUGCCUUAUAGUGGAAGUAGAAAAAAAAAAAUGCAUAGUUGUUUCAUCCGACAUUACCAUAUGCAUUUUAUAUACACAUUGCGAUAUUCUAUAUACAUAUUAUAUAUAUAUAUAUAUAUAUCAGAUGGACAACUUGCUCUUUCCCCAUUUUGUAAUUUACUGUUCCACCUCAGCCAUCGUCAUAGCAGGAUCAUAGCUUUAAUAUUGGUAAAAUAAGACAGAAGCGAAACUGUGAACAUAGGUGUUAGGAGCAUUAUGUAAUUUUUUUUCUCUUUCAAACUGAAGAAUAGAAGGCGUUUCAAGUCUUUGUGCUGUUGAGAGGGCAUUUUUUUUUGCACUAGAGUUUGAUAAGUUAUGAGUGCCAAGGAAGGAUUUGAAUAGGAUUAUGAUGCAGUUGAGAAGAAAUUAAAAUGUUGUUUUUGCUCA